CCGACAUCAGCAUGUCCUAUCCCACAACAACCUUUAACUUUGCCACCUUCUAAGCAGUUUGCACUUGGUUAACGCAGGUUUACAUGAGGAGUGGGUAGGUAUGUAUUCUCGACCGAUAAGCUAUUUAACCGGGCCCCGAUUCCCCUGAUUUACCCCGCACAGGCAGCUCAAAAAAUCGAGAUCAAAAGAAAACCAAUUAUCCCCUGAUGGGAUAUAACUGUAUAUGCUCGUGCAUGAAUCCAGCCAGCUCCAGUGCAUAACGCCUAUCCCAAUCUCUCAUCUUGAAUAGCUCACAACAGCUAUUAGCAACCAUGGUUGGCAAAAUCCCGCCCUCAGGUGUCUGGUGUCCCGCUGUGACGUUCUUCGACCCCGCAACCGACACCCUCGACCUUCCCAGCCAAAAGAAAUACUACACCUACCUCUCUCAAUCCGGCCUAGCCGGCCUCGUUAUCUUGGGCACAAAUGCAGAAGCAUUCCUCCUAACCCGCGAGGAGCGCGCGCAGCUCAUCGCUGCGGCGCGAGAGGCCGUCGGGUCUGAUUUCCCCCUCAUGGCCGGCGUCGGCGCGCACUCUACCCGCCAGGUACUCGAACAUAUUCGCGACGCAGCGGACGCGGGCGCAAAUUAUGUCCUCGUGCUGCCGCCCGCGUACUUUGGCAAGGCUACGACGCCGUCGGUGGUCAAGUCGUUCUUCACGGACAUCGCCACCAACUCACCGCUGCCGGUUCUCAUAUAUAACUUCCCCGGCGUGUGCAACGGGGUCGAUCUGGAUUCCGAGCUUAUCACGGCACUCGCGAAGCAGAAUGAGAAUAUCGUCGGGGUGAAGCUCACGUGUGCGAGUGUGGGGAAAAUCACGCGGCUGUGCGCGUCGCUGACGCCGGACACCUUUGCGGUUUUCGGCGGACAGGCGGAUUUCUUGAUCGGGGGCCUCAGCGUGGGAUCUGCGGGGUGCAUUGCUGCGUUUGCGAAUGUGUUCCCCAAGACCAUUUCGAGAAUAUACGAUUUGUAUAAGAGGGGGGAGGUGCAAGAGGCACUACGGCUUCAUAGAAUUGCGGCGCUGGCGGAGUCGCCGUGCAAAUCGGGGAUUGCGUCGACUAAAUAUGCGGCUGCUAUUUUCUCGGCAAAGAGGGCAGGGAUUGAGGGCGCGGAGGAGAAAUUGAGGCCCCGACGGCCGUAUGAGCCGCCCUCUGAAGCGGCUAAGGAAAAUGUCAGGACGGCUAUGGCGUUGAUGGAGUCCAUCGAGAGUGGAUUUUAGCAAUAUGAAACCUGGUAGCUGUGACUGCCGUGCAUAUAUGUGGGAGAUGUAUGUCGUAAAAGGCUUUUGCAUACUAGUAUUGA